GUACACACAAAACAAGACCAACCAGAAGUAGACACUUAUUGGUUUAGGAAGAAUCAAAAGUUCUUGAGUGAGUGAGUGCUUUUUCUGGCCUCUGUUAGAUUCCAUGGCUUCAGUUGGUGCAGUCAAAUUCUUGUUAUGCUUAUUAGUAGUUCUAUGGCUCUUCAAUUUUCUACCUCCUUGUCAAGGUAAAGAGAAUUGGUAUGAAAAACACUACUCUUUCAUAAAAAAAGCAAGUUCAUUUUCAUCAUCAUCAAUUUCAACAACAACACUAAACAAAGCUUAUGACUACAUAAUAGUUGGAGGAGGAACUGCAGGGUGUCCUUUAGCUGCAACACUAUCACAAAACUUCACAGUUUUGCUUCUUGAAAGAGGAAGUGUUCCUUUCACUAAUCCAAAUGUUACAUUUCUUGAGAAUUUUCACAUUACCUUGGCAGACACUUCACCUACUUCAGCUUCUCAAUACUUUGUUUCAACCGAUGGUGUUUUUAAUGCAAGAGGUAGAGUUUUGGGUGGUGGUAGUUCUAUCAAUGCUGGUUUCUAUACUAGAGCAAGUUCAAGGUUUAUAUACAAGGCAGGGUGGGAUGCGAAACUAGUAAAUGAAUCAUACCCUUGGGUUGAGAAGCAAAUUGUUCAUCGUCCAAAGUUUUCAGCUUUUCAAAGAGCAGUAAGAGACAGCCUUAUAGACUCUGGAGUCUCUCCUUAUAAUGGUUUCACCUAUGAUCAUAUCUAUGGAACAAAGGUUGGUGGAACCAUUUUCGACAGAUUCGGUCGCCGCCAUUCAGCUGCUGAACUUCUUGCUUCUGGAAACACUGAUAAACUUACUGUUUUGGUCCAUGCCACUGUCCAAAAUAUUGUUUUUGAUACAACAGGUAAAACACCAAAAGCUGUAGGGGUGAUUUUUAAGGAUGAAAAUGGGAAACAGCACGAGGCAAUGCUGGAAAAUGAUAGGCAUAGUGAAGUGAUAUUGUCUAGUGGGGCAAUUGGGACUCCUCAAAUGCUAUUGCUAAGUGGAAUUGGGCCUAAAGAUGAACUCCAAAAAUUGAACAUCUCAGUGGUCCUUGACAACCCUUUUGUUGGGAAAGGAAUGGUAGAUAAUCCAAUGAACACAGUUUUUGUUCCUUCUAAUAGGCCUGUUUAUCAUUCACUCAUUGAAACUGUUGGCAUCACUAAGAAAGGUGUGUACAUUGAGGCUAGCAGUGGGUUUAGUCAGUCUAAUAGCAGCAUUCACUGUCAUCAUGGGAUCAUGUCAGCUGAGAUUGGACAACUUUCCACAAUUCCUCCAAAGCAAAGAUCAAUAGAAGCUAUCAAAGAUUAUGUGAAGAACAAGCGAGAUGUACCGGUCGAAGCAUUCAAGGGAGGCUUUGUCUUGUCAAAAGUUGCAAGUGCUUGGUCAGUAGGUGAGCUUAAGUUGAACAAUACCAAUGUGGAUGAAAACCCUAAUGUUACCUUCAACUACUUCAGUCAUCCAUAUGAUCUUCAACGCUGCGUCGAGGGAAUCAGAUUGGCAAUUAAAGUAGUCCAAUCAAAACACUUCACAAACUACACAUUGUGUAACAAACAAACCACUGAGAAACUUCUCAACCUUACUGUGAAGGCUAAUGUCAACUUCAUACCUAAGCAUGCCAAUGACACAGCAUCCCUUGAGCAAUUCUGCAGAGAUACUGUCAUCACAAUUUGGCAUUAUCAUGGUGGAUGCCAUGUAGGGAAGGUAGUUAGCCCUGAUCUUAAGGUUCUUGAUGUUGACAGACUUCGAGUUGUCGAUGGCUCAACAUUUGAUGAGUCACCAGGAACAAAUCCUCAAGCCACUGUGAUGAUGAUGGGAAGGUACAUGGGAGUGAAGAUUUUGAGAGAUAGGUUGGGGAGACUGGCUGGUAUAUAAGGAGGAAUAUGCUGUGUGAAGAUCACUUCAAGUCUUAAAAAGACAAACAAAAGUGUGUAGUAUGAAGAUAAAAGAAACUAUUGCACAUCAUAAACAAAAAACAAUUGGAUGUAGGAUUGGAAAUGCAUAUGUAGUUUAUUUGUUGUAAUUUCUAGAAAUCAGUGAUUAUUAGCAAUCAAGAAAGUCUUAGCCUUAAAAAUUACUUUAGUGGCUUAUUUUAACUUUUAUUUCAAGGGAAAAGGAAUAGUCAUUUUUA